AUGAGGACAUACAAGCGAAAAACUGAAAGGGGAACUACAUCUCAGGAUCUUUUACAAAGGGCUGCUGAUGCAGUCAUCAAGGAUGGACGUAAAUUAAAAACUGUUGCACGUGAAUUAGAAAUUUGUCACACAACAUUACAACGCUAUGUCAAAAAAAUUAAAAGUGGACUUACUCCUGCGGUUGGAUACAAACCAAGACUAGUGUUCAAUGAGGAACAAGAGGCACUACUGUCGAAGUACAUCUUAAAAAGCGCUUCUAUUUACUUCGGUCUUCUACCGGAAGAAGUACGACAACUUGCAUACCAGUGUGCCGUGAAGUUUAAAGUACAAAACAUUCCACCAUCUUGGCAUACAAAUGGUGAGGCUGGGAAGGAUUGGUUGACAAACUUUCUGAAGAGGAACCCUACACUUUCUAUCAGAACACCCGAAGCUACCAGUGCAGGACGCGCGAGCUCAUUCAACCGACAUAACGUAAAUCAAUUUUUCGAGAAACUUGGUGAUUUAAUUACGAAGCAUAAUCUUACACCUUCACGUAUCUGGAAUUUGGACGAGACUGGUGUUCAAACUGUGCUCAAACCGAAGAAAAUUUUGGCUGAAAAAGGAACAAAGCAAGUAGGAGCAAUUGUUUCAGCAGAGCGUGGAACUUUAGUCACAGUUGAGCUAGCGGUAAGUGCUCUGGGAAACUCGAUUCCACCGAUGUUUGUAUUUCCCCGUUUGAAAUAUAAAGAACUGUUUAUCCGCGACGGUCCCCCUGAGUGUAUUGGGGCUGGUAAUAAAUCCGGUUGGAUGACAAGCACGGAGUUCUUAGUGUUUAUGGAUCAUUUCAUAAAACACACUAAGCCUAGUCCUGAAGAGCCAGUGCUAUUACUCCUAGACAAUCAUUCAUCUCACAUUGAUAUUGAUGUGAUUGAAAAGGCCAAGAGAAAUUCUGUUAUAUUACUAUCAUUCCCACCACACUGCACCCACCGUCUACAACCCCUGGACGUUGGUGUUAAUGGCCCUUUUAAAACAUACUGCUCUAAAGCUCAAAAUAACUGGCUGAGAACUAAUCCCGGGAAGAUUAUGAGCAUUUACGAAAUACCAGGUAUAGUGAAAUAUGCUUUCCCAUUGGCAGCAACACCUAUCAAUAUAUGCAACGCAUUUAAAAAGACUGGCAUUUGGCCCUAUGAUUCAAACGUAUUUGUAGACGAAGAUUAUGCACCGUCUUUUGUCACUGAUCGCCCGAUGCCAGAAAACCGACUCUUACAAAGUACAGACAACUUGCCUGUCCCUCAAAACAAUCAAGAAAGGGCUCCUGAAUAUCUUGAUGAGUCAAGUUAUGUGGGCAGCAAUGUUGAGAUUGAGACUAGUCCAUCAAUACUACAGGAACAUCCUGGGCCAAGCGACUGCAGCGUUGAGUGUACAAGAGCACCAUCAGGUAAUCAAGAGCAAGAGACACGUCAGUGCUCUCCGGAACCUAUCCCUUGCUGCAGUUUCCAGCCUCCUCAAUCAGUUGAUAAUAACACAGGAGAUAAAAAUGCAGCAGUUUUCUCACCAGAGCUAAUAAGACCACUGCCUAAAGCACCUCCCCGACUAAUUGGACAUACUAAAGCACGUAAAAGAAAGACAGCUGUUCUUACGGACACUCCAGAGAAAAAUGCUUUAGCAGAAGAACAGGCUAGUAAAAAGAAGAAAACUAAAAAGAAGGUUAAGGGAAAAGGGACGGGAAAAUGCAAGGGAAAGGGUAAACAAACAAAAAAGCCGACUAAAAACCCCGCUAAGAGAAGAGUAUUGCAAGAUGACGACAGUUCUGAUGACGAACAAGAAUGGUUCUGUAUAAUUUGUUGUGAUGCCUAUUCUAACUCUGCCCCUGGAGAACAAUGGAUUGAAUGCAGAGAAUGUAAGAAUUGGGCCCAUUUGCAAUGUGUUGAAGAUGAAGAAAACCAAGCAUUUGUAUGUCCUAAUUGUUAUUCUGAUCAAUCAUCUGGAGAGUAA